AUGUGCCCCCCAGUCAGCAUGCCUUACCUGUUGGAGGGCUUGUCCUACCUGCACCAGUCUUGGGUUUAUCAGCUUCAGCAUGGCCCCCAUCUGCAGGUCUGCUUCACGUGCUUCAACUCCGCCUUGCUGGACCUCAGAGGGUUGCUGGAGCUGGAGGACUGGGGAGCUGAAGACUGGGACUCUGAACCAAUGGAGUUCACGGAGGAAGGUCCUGAGCAGGAGGGACACCUGGGGGUGGGGCCAAGCUGGGGGCAGGGCCAAGGGCAGUUUGCAGAGGGAGGCUCUGGGGAUGGGGGCCCUGGAGCCUCGGCGCCAGCCCCAGAGGAGUUGGAGGAGUUGGAGGAGUUGGACAUGUACUUCCACUUUGUGCCCACCGAGCUGUUGCCUCAGGAUGCAGUGCCUCUGGCCCUGGGCCCGGAAGACGCCAACUGGACUCAGGGGCUCCCCUGGAGACUUGAGAUACCUCCUGCCUGCCCGCACUGGCCGAGCCUCCCUCCCCCAUAGCAGAGCUCCCUGAAAGCGGAUCUGCCCCCGGGGGAGCCCGUGGUGCUGGAGCUGGGCUGUGCCCAGGCCCUGGACCCUGCUAAGGCCGAGGCCUGGUUACUGGACCUGCAAGUCAUCGCCAUGGUGGGCUGCUUCGACGCCAUCUACCUCCGCAAGAUGGCACCCUACCGGGCCCUGCGAACCCCAAGCCAGGGCUGGAAACUGCUGCUAGAGCCCAAGGAGCUGUGGUUGGUGAGGCUUCAGGAUGCACUCCAGCAACAGGACCUGCACCGGUGGAAGCUGAGCAUUCCGGAAUCUUCCUUCGCAGGGCAGAAUGAAGAGCUGGUGCCCGCGGACAUGGCCCUGCUGAAGCAGGGAUUCACCAUCCUGUCCUAUUCGCCCUUGGCCAAUAGGGAGCCCGAGCAGGGGGACUCGGCGUCUAGGCCAACAUCCUCUACACAAGGACAGGAGCCCAGCACCACUGAGACCUGGGGCAGCGGGCCUGGGGAGAAGCUGGCUGCCGCUGGAGUCUCGACCCUGGAGGAGCUGCCCUGUGUCCAGCCCCUCAGCCCGGGGCCCCAGAACUGA